AUGGGAUUGAUCCGGCGGGCGGAGUCGCGCGGGCGCCGGCUCGUCGAGGCGCGCGGCCAUGCGGCGGGGGGAGGGGAGAGGGCCGAGCUGCUGGUGGGGGUGGAGAGGGCCGGUGAGGCCGCCCCAGGAUUUGCCGCGGCAUGGGAUCCGGCGGUCGGCGAGUGGAGUCGCGCAGGCGCCGGCUCGUCGAGGCAGGCGGCGGGGAAGGGGAGAGGGCAAGAGGAAAUGAGAGACAUGGAUAUGGACUUUGGAGAUGCACGGAAAGAAUCCAUUGAGGGUUCAGAUGCGAUGUUGCUGAAAGGGGACGAAAAUUCACAACAUAAAAAUGUCGAAGAGGUUAUAUCUCAUAACAAACCAAAAAAGGAUGCUAAUUUACAUGUUAUCCCACAAGACUAUGUUUGUACCCCUAGGGAUAUUACAGUCAUCGAAUCAAUCAAGUCUGCCCCCAAGAAUACCCAGUUCGUGGACAUUGGAGAUGCCUUGUUAUCAACCGACGAUUUGGAAUGCCUUAUGAAAGAUGAUAUGUUCUUACAUGAUGGUGUGAUAAAUGCUUACAUAUAUUGCAUGCUUGCUCAUGACCAUCUACAAGACAGGGCUGGUGAAAAGGUACACAUUGUUAGCACGUUUGUAUCUGGCCAGAUAAAAGAAGACGGGGAAAGAGACAUAGACCCAUCAAAAUAUCACCGCAUUGUGCAUCAUGUUAAUACUUAUCUACAGCAAGACAUGGUUAGUUUUUGUCUCGUUAUCCAUGCAUAUAAUUAUGGAUUGUUUUUUAAUUCAUAUGUAUAA